AUGCAUGCCAGCAUUCUGCUCCUUUCUAUUAUCGUUUCCACUUCCCUAGCUUCAAUCAUCCCGAGGCAUCACGGCCAGGCUCACCAUCCCCAGCCCUCUGCCUGGUCGGGAGUGUUCCACGACGGCGGCGACACUGGGAACAGUGGGUCGGGUACUAUUGUACCGUCCCUCCCCCCAAUGAACCCUAUCAGUAUCCGCUCCGAUCCUGAGUCAGAACUGCCGGCCACCAACGCUGAGCGCCUCCGCAUGGGUCUCCCGCUCAAGGCGCCGACUCCGGUGUUGAGGGCAAGGCAAGCGCAGGGCUCCCCAACCUUCACAUCCGAAUUAGACUCCGCAAUUGAGAUGGAUGCCACCGUCAAGAAAUUGGACAGGGUCGUCAUAGGAGAGCUUGGGAAGGUGCAAAAAAGGGGUGAACUUCCCCUUCGUCCUGUCCUUGCGUCACAGAAGAUGGAAGGGUACAUUGCCGUUUCCCUCUGGCCCGAUGACCGGACGCUCGGCUACCUGUCCUGCACAUCCGUACAAUGCGAAGUCAUCCCUUCUAUCGCUGGUUCACGGGCAACAGUGUUCACUUUCACUUCCGCGGGCGUAGAUGAGCACGUUGAACUGUCCUUUGCCGGGGGAGUCAUCGGUGGUCAGAUGGCCGAUCCGGAGGAUACCACGAACAUUGCCCUGCGCCCGUUAAGCAGCUCGACGAAUACCCCUGAAACCCAGUCUCAACUUUUCUCCUAUUCUUCCGAUUCCCACUUGCUCACACCCUUCUGGUCGAACCCCUCGCACACGUCGUCCGUACAGCUUGCCCUUUCUGGAUCCUCUGAUUCUGGUUUGCGGCUCACGUCCGAUGUCGAGGGAUUGAAGGACGCGAGGUACUGCAAGGACUGCAAGGUAGAUGGACCUCUGGCGUGUUUGAGUCGUGGCUGGGACAUAGGCGCAUACAUCGACCUCUCUCACCGUUCCCACCACCUUGAACACGUCCUCAACGCGCAUACAUCGACUUUCACCGUCGUCACUCUCACCCCAACCACCAUGUUCUCCAACAUCACCAACAAGCUGCAGGAGACGUUGUCAAACCUCACCGACCCCCAUCACGGAGCACCCUUCAACUCAGACAGCGCCUCUCCCCCCUUGGGCGGGUCGCGCACUCUAGCGCUAGAUCAACUCUCACAGUCUCUCCGUUCACUUCAGGUCCAAUAUGGAUCCUAUGUUCCUCCAUUCCUCCGCACUCUCCAGCUUCUCAUUACCGGCGAGAAGACGCUUGGCCUGGCUUACGAGUCUGCUGCACAAGCAGGGCGCAACCAUGCGCGUGAUCUGUACUUCUGGGGGCAAGAGCAAGAGACCGAUGUCAAGGAUGUCACCGACCGCCUCGCUUGGCUCGAAUAUAACUCAUGCACUCUCUCGGCUCAAGUCGGCACGGUCCUCUCUGGUGACGCCCGUGCCCCCCUCAAGCAGCUUCGGGAGGCCGAACAGCUCCUUGCACCGCGGCGCGCAGCACGCCAAGCUGCGGAAUUCCAGCUGCAACGUACACAAACUCAGAGGGAGAAGGAUAAAAUUAUUGCUGGACUCAGGCAGGCUGCCGCGCAGGACGCAGAACUGGAGGCGCGUGUGGCGCGGGCGAGUCGUGAGGGAGUAAGGGAGGAAGAGCGCGCUAAAUGGAGGGCAAGGAGGGAAUACGCUGAACGAUUAGUGCUGUUAUGCCGAGGAGCUGAGGAACUGCUCGACCUCAUUCCCCCUGUUCCUACCGGCGCACCUACGGCAGCGGGAAUCGCUCUCGCAGGAACGACGGCCGAGAAGCAAGCCCCGUAUGACCCGGCCAAGAGCGCAGACAUCAAGAGUGCAGUGCAGCACGCGCUCGACACCUACGUCCUAGCCCAACCGGAACCGCUCGCAGUGCCCCGGGGGGCAAACCUCUCGCGUGCGGCUAGCGAUCGUCGCGGGUUCGGUGAAACGCAUGGAGGGGAGAUUGCCGCUACCUCCGCUCCUGGUGGAGACCACCCACCGGUAAGUGCACUCACCGCUCCAAGUUCGGGAACGACAGCUCCGCCGCCAAGCGCAAUUCUCCCUCAGCCAGGGAGGUUCCUCGCACCGACUGCCGCACCAGGUUCGGUAGGCUCAGCUCCUGGUUUGCCGUCCCAACCUGCGCCCACUUCCCCAUUGUCACACCAUAGCAUUCUUGCGGGGUCUCCCCAACCGCUGAAUCCCUCGACGCUGAAUCAAGCCCCUGCACCGCUUCCACCGCCAAUAACAAGCCCGGCUACUUCCCCCACUCCCCUGCGCACCUUGCCGCCACUCGCUUCUGCCACUCUCGGGUCUGCUGGUGCACCCGAGGAAACGACCACGACGACGGGAGCCAUGCCCACCAUUGCAGAGACUGGGGUGCCUAUAUCUGGUGGCGGGCCCAAGCAAGGCAGUCUGCGGAAGGAUGAUCACCAAUCGACUGUGAGCGGAAGGUAUAUGACUGCCGAAGAAGAGAAACGGGCUCUAGAGCGCGCGGAGAGGGAGAGGAUUCUGCAUGGUCAGGCCAGUCCAGGAGCGAGCGGAAGUGGGGCUUACCCAUCGGGAGGCCCGCAGGUGCCGCCUAAGGAGACGGAUGGCGAGAAACAGGCGAAGGAGGAGAAAGAGAGGCUGGAGAGGGAGGAAAGGGAACGGUUCUUGCGCGGCGAAGGUGGGAAGAAAUAUGGAGACGAUGAUGAUCUUCCCCCGUAUGCUGCUUGAGUGUUGCGGAAAGCCG